GAGCAAAUCAUUUGUCAGAUUACGCAACGAAUUUAUUGUAGUCAUCACUUCUUCUAAAAAACAUGCACAGGCUACGGAGUUGUAUUUAAAGUCGUAUUUUUCCAUCACUGAAGGAAAAUGAACACUAAUUUAUUCGCUCUUUUCUAUAUUUUCGCACUCCUGUCACCUGCUCCGGUCAGAAGCUUCGAUGGAAAAAUGCAACAGCAGAUUGGGAGGAAACCAAGCAAUCGAUACAUGCUUUGGUUGAACUUUCUACAGCAGUCAAUGCGAGCAAUGGAAAAGGACUCAAGGGGAUUUGUAACGAUGGCUGGAUUUCUAGGAUUGCUUGACGAACCAGCACAGCUAGAUAGAAGGCCACCAUUGCGAAAUAAGGCUGAUUUGUCGCCAGCUGCAGAUUUCAGCUUCAGUCAGGGAAUGUACAAUCUGGCAAGAAAUCCCGAAACUCGCCAUCAGCUAGCCAUGAGAUUUGCAUACGCGAUGCUAGAAGCCUCCGAGAAGGAUCCUCCGAAAUUUUUACAAAUGUCUAGUUAUCUUGGUUUACUAGAUGAUCCGGCGCAAGAUGAAGUGAAAGAUGGGCAGCAGUGGCCUGAUCAAGGUAAAAUUCUACCAAGGCCUACUCAAGGUAAGAUUCCGCCAGAAUUCCAACAACAAUGGCCUCUGCGGGGGCUAACUAGACAGGGUCCAUUAUGGCCUGCACAAAUUGGAAUGCUACCGCAACCAUUCUUUCCGAUCAUAUGAAUAGUCUCCAAAUACAGGGUGUCCCAAAAAGAUGCUCACACCGUUUGAUCAUUGAAUAACUCUCUUGUUUCAAUGCCUUUUGCCUAAUCGUUACUGUUACCCUGUAGAGCGGGCAUCA